AUGGCCUUCUUUCCACACUACACCAUUAAUAUGUCGCCUCUGCUCUACUUGUUGGAACAUGACUAUGAUGUCCACCGCUCAACUCGCCCAGAGCACAACCACCACCACAAGCAAUACCAUAAUCACCGCCAGCCUUCCCCAGUUCGUUACUUCAGCCCGAACUUUGAUCUGCGGGAGGUGAACGAGGCCUACUAUCUUGAAGGAGAGCUCCCCGGUGUUAAUCAGAACCAUGUCGAUAUUGAAUUCUCUGAUCCUCAGACACUUGUGAUCAAGGGUCGAGUGGAGCGGAAUUACAACAACACAGAUGAGGAAAGCCAGCAAGAUGAGGAACAAUCCUCUGAAACCUCCUCCAACAAGUCGUACCAACCUACCGUCGAAGACGAGGACGAGGCGAACUACUCAUCACCUGUGGCGACACCAACCUACUCUGAGAAGCCUGUUUCUGAGAAAACUCAGAAGCCAGCGUACAAGUACCGACAUUCCGAGCGCGCUAUUGGCGAAUUCCACCGAGUCUUCAAUCUCUCUACAAGAGUCGACCAAGAUGCGGUCAGGGCUACCUUGAGAAAUGGAAUUCUGUCGCUGGUGCUCCCGAAGGAGCCGGUACCGAAGAUGAAGAAGAUUCGGAUUGAAUAA